AACACCAUCAACAUUAAAAAUAAAAAUAAAUGAUAAAUUUGACAAAAAUGUAUUUAAAUACAUUAGUCCGAUCUCAAUGAUAAAAUCGAUUGAUCUGAAACUAAAGCCUCGAAAUUACCCGAACUUCUGGUUUAAAAAUCAGAAAGAAGCAAAUACUUGGACUUGUCAACUUAAAUUUCUCAAGAAAAAAUGGGUCUCUGAUAUUAAAUCAGGCAAAAAACCGGCGAAAAAAAAUGUUUGUAAAAAGGCAAUAAUGGAACUAUAUAAAGAAACGCCACAACUUUGUAUUGAUGUCAGAAAUGAGAUGCUUAAAUUGAAUGAUCAAAAACCAGAUACUAUUGUCACUUUAUUUAAAAAUAGUUAA